AUGUUGCAGACGAAUGGAAGUGAAAACCCAACUGAUCAGGUUCCGGAUAAACAGAAAGAAGCCCAGAAAAAUGGAACCCAGAAAUCUGGAACGGGAAAAUCUCGAACGAAGUCAUCAGGAAGUAAACGGCGCAAAAAGAAGAGACGUGAAGCAAUGCCAGAAGGAUUCGAUCAGUGGGCUGAAGUUGACCAAAAAUAUUAUCAAGAAAUUUCCGCUCUUUUGCGUGAUUCCAAAGCAACAAGGAAACAAUGUGGUUUUACUAGACGAAAGAUUGGAGCGUGGAAAGCUAUGAAACUUCGAUGGAAACACCAAGCAACAACUAAUAUCGAAUUCAGUGCUUACAAAAAAGCACUGAAAGAAAUAAAACCACUGGACAAAUCUGAGCAACUCGACAUUGAUUACUGA